AUGAUAGCCGUGCUGACUGUCUACACCCACCCAUUAACCCCUCCUUCCCCCAGCUACACCCACCCAUUAACCCCUCCCUCCCCCAGCUACAUCGACGCUAGCUACACCCACGACGUAGCGCUGCUACAGCUACAUCAGGCCGUGCCCUACACGGACUACGUCCGGCCGGUGUGCCUCCCCCCACCCCACUACCCCAUCACGGACGGACGGCGAUGCACACUCGUGGGCUGGGGACAGCUGUUCGAGGCGGGCAAGAUCUUCCCUGACAGCCUGCAGGAGGUGGAGGUGCCGCUGAUCAGCACGGCAGAGUGCCAGCGGCGCACGCUCUUCAUGCCGCUGUACCGCGUCACCCAACACAUGUUCUGCGCGGGGUACCUGCGUGGGGGACGCGACGCGUGUCUGGGGGACAGCGGGGGACCUCUCAUGUGCCAGGAGGCAGACGGGCGGUGGGUGUUGGUGGGGGUGACAAGCAACGGCUACGGCUGCGCCAGACCCAACAGACCAGGCGUCUACACGAAGGUUACAGCCUACAGCUCCUGGAUACACCAGGUUCUCUCUCUGGGUGGCAGCGGGUCGGUGGUGCCUGUGGAAGCGCCCCCCUGCGCAGGUCUGCGGUGUGCUCUGGGCGCCUGCGUCCCGCCAGACCGAAUCUGCGACCGCCACCCGGACUGCAGCGACGGCAGCGACGAGCGUAACUGCCGCCACUCCGCCGCCUUCCUUGAGAACAACUCAACGCUGAGCGGCGGCCGAUGAGGUGGAUAGGAAAGAGGGAACCAGAACAGACGACGCGACUGAAGAAGCUCCCUAACAAAAUUUAGAGCCGAGGGCGGCUCUGGACUAAGGAACGCCUAAGACUCGGGAAGCAUAGUCCACCAUGCAGCUUCCCCAUGUCCGCUUUUUGGUCUACAUUCCGGUCC